GGAGGGGGGGGGAGGGGGGAGGGGAAGUGAGUCAGUGUGCUGAGGAGAUCUGAGUCGACUCGUGUGUCAGCGUCAUCAUGAUGGCAGUUGGGGAACAAUGGGAUGACGUGACGAAACGAGCGAGGUUGGCGAUGGGACAAAACAGGGACAGCCACCCGUGAGGUACAGACGAUCGUGUACGUAUUGCACAGGAAACACUAGACAUGGCCACAGAUCCUAACCACAACAGCACCACCAACAGCAGCAGCGGCAGUGAUAACCAUAUGACCGGAAGUAGUAGCCGAUUCAACGCGGUCGACGAAGAGCUGACUCCAGAAGAGAUCAAGGCGUUCUGCGGGACGCAGCCGACCGGGGCUUGGCUCCUCGGUGCGACGGUGGGCUCGAUUCCGCUGCUAGCACUAUCGACACGGGUGCCUGCGGUCCGAUCGGCGCUGUCGAAGCCGGCACGGACGCUGUUGAUUGCCGCCGGUGCAUUGGCUGGCGGCUACCUGGCAGGCAACUCGGCAAAAACUCGCUGUGAGCGCAACCUGAGGGCCAAGAAGAGGCUGCAUCACGCGGCGGUGGACAAUUCGGAUGUGCUCCCAGACAUGGGCGAAUCACCAGCGUCAUGAUAAGGGAGCAGACGGCACGGCGGGCGAGCCUGAUGUCGGUAAACGCGCCGCGGAUUUGGA